AUGGCUACCACCGGAACAGUCACGUAUCAGGACUCACUGGACUCACAGUAUCUCUCGAGCUCGAUCUCGUCCCUCUCGCGGUCGCGCACCACGGCUUCGCUUAUCGUCAGAACCUACAAGCAGGCCACCCAGCUAUACCUGACCAAGCGCUUCAAGGAGGCUCUGGAAGUUCUCGAACCGAUAGUGACUCCUCAACAAUCGGCGAAUGGAAGCGCGGAUGGAGAGACAGGAGCAGCGCCGAUCGCGCAGAGCAACAAGGGUACAAGGACAAAGGUGUGGGUAUUCUACUUGAGCUUGAUACAUGCCAUCAUCGACUUGGGCGCGGAGGAAGGAAAGAACUCGUUCGGAUCAACACGAUGGAGACAAUUAGCGACGAAAGCGCGCGAAGGAUCAAUCUGGGAAGAUGUGGUCAAGCACGGGUAUGGAGGAAGUGAGGGAGAUGUUGAUCCGGACGUGGUUGUGAACUUGGCCACGCUGCUGUUGGGACACAUGCAAGAUCAGACAUUAAACCAGCAGCGUCUGGAGGCAUAUCUAUCUGCAUCAGCCGAUGCGGCGCAGAUGGCCUUCAUGCAGGAAGGCAUUCCCACGCCCAUGUCGACUGGAACAUCUUCGCCGAAGGAAUUGACCACACGUCUGAAGAUCCUGGAGCUGUACACUCUGCACGUGCUGCCAGCCAACAACGAAUUGGACUACGCGCAGACCUUCAUCGAGAUGAACGACAUGCUCGAUGACGAGCGCCGCGAAGCGUUUCUGCACGCGCUGGCUAGCUUGAAGGACGAAAAGGACGGUACCGCCCAACGUGAGCGUGAACUGGAAGAACUGCGAGAGCGCGAGAUGGAAGAGCAGAAGGAGCGCGAAGAGGCCAGACGCAAAGACCAGGAACGAAGAGACGUAGAGAUGAAGCAGGCAGCCGAAGCCGAGAAGGCAGCCCGCGCUUCAUCUGCUGCAACCGCUGCUCCAUCGUCACGCGCAUUGAAUGGUAAUGGUAACACCGCGAAUGGCAAACCCACGACCCAGGGAACAAACAUGGCGCUGAUGCGAUUCAUGAUGUUCGUGCUGGCUUUCGUGCUCGUCCUCGCGCGGCGAGAUCUGCGAGAUAAAUUGAAGCGUACGCUAGAGAACAGUUGGGGGAAGGUCAAGCAGACGGUCGGGAUGGGCGUGAAAGUAUCGUACAUCUAG